AAUAUAAUAAAAUCUUAUAAUAAAAAAUAUUAUAUAAAUAUAAAUUAAUAUAAAUAUCAAUUGUAUAAUAAUGAUGCAUGAAAAAUAUUAUGAAAAUAAAUUUAAAAAAAAUGAAAUUAAAUUACAAACACCAAGUCCUUUAUCAUCUGAUUCUGAUAAUGACAUCAGUAAAAGUCUUAUCAAUGAAAUCAAUGAAGCUUGUCAACCAGUAAAAAAUUCUGAAAACUUCACAACAAAAAGUUUAACUUCAAGUUUAAAUUGUGAAAAAAUAACAGAAAAUGGAUCUUCAGUUUUUUUGAAAGCAUUGAAAAACCGACUCAAUAAUUUACCUGGACGUUUACCAGAAACUUUAAAAAAUGAAAAUAGAAGUUUAACUGAAGAUUGUUACUUUGAUCUUAAACUUUAUGAAAAUCGUAUUGAUGAAAAAGAUGAAGUAGAAGUUGACUCUAAAAUUACAACUUUAGAAAAAAAUUUAAAUAAUGUAACUAAUAAUUUAAAUGAUGCAAGAGCUCGUAGACGUGCAAAAUUAGCAUUAUCAAAAAUGCAAUCAAGUGAUGACGAAGGUCUUGAACAAUCUCCAAUAUCAACUGAUCCACCAACAUCAAGAAUUCCCAACUAUCAAUCUGUAAGAAAAAAAAAAAUUAAUCAUCAAAGUUCAGAGAGUGAAUCUGAUAAUUUCUACAAUAAAUUUAAUGAUAAUAAAAUUAAAAAAAAUACAAUAAUAUUAAAACCAAUAAAGUCAUCAAUAAAAGAGAGGAAAAAAUUAAAAAAUAAUAAUUCAUCAUGGAUCAAUCAACAAGAUACAUUUGAUGAUAACAAUAAAAUACAUACUGUUUUUAUUCCAAAAUUAGAUCUUCAAUCAGAGGAAUAUUUAUCAACAUCACCAGAUUAUUUAAAUAACAACACAUCAGCUGAUAAUCGUGAUAAAGAAAUUGACGAUCUUGUCGAGGCAUUGUCUCAAGUUACACUUAGGCGAUCACAUCAAAUUAGAUGGACACAAAAAACCAAUAACAUUCAUACACAAUCAGCUCCAGUAUCAUCACGUCAAAGCAGAAACCUGGAUGAUCCCUCCAAGACAUUCAGAGUAUCCCAUGCAAAUCCAAGACACAUUGAAACACCUGACAAACAUAAUAAAAAAAAUUCAACUGUAAUUCAUUUGGAACUAUUAAGAUCAAAAAAAUCAAUGAUUAAUUUAGCUGAUAUGUUACACAACAAUACAAUCAAUAAUAUAAAUAAUAUAAAUAAUAUUAAUAACAACAAAAUAUAUAUAAAUACCUCAACUCAAUUGAGCUCUUCAUCACUAACAAAAUUAAAUAAUAAAAAAUACAAAAAUCCUGAUGAUAAUAGUAAUAGCAAUACAAAAAAAAAACGUAAAAAAUUUAAUAAUUUUUCACGAAUAUUUACAAGAAAAUUUAGUAAUAAAAAAAUGAUAUGUGAAAAUAAAAUAAUUACACCAAUUUAUGAAAAUAGAAAUUAUCCAUACAGUUCAUCAGAUGAUAGUGAUAAAAAUUUUGAAUAUCAUAAAAAGUAUGAUAAUUAUUAUGGACAUGUUGAUGAUGAUGAUGAUGCAAAUGCAAAUUAUUUGAUUAAUAAAAAAUUCAACAUGAAUAAUCAAUGGGUUAAAAAUAUAAAUAAUAAUGAAAAAAAAUAUUAUAAUAAAUCACCGUAUGAUGUAUUUUUUGUUAAAAAUUAUCAUCAAGAUAAUUUUGUAAAUAUUAAAAAUGAAGAUAAUUCAAGUUUUAUUGAAGAUUCAUAUGAUGAAAGUGAAUUUAGUUUAUCAAGCAAAAAUAGUGAAAAAAAAAAUAUCAAUAGUAAAAGAAAUUUACAUAAUAAUAAUUUAAAUAAUGGAUGUUUUUGUUUUCGUUUUUUUAAACUAUUUUUUGUUAAUGAAAAUUAAUUUUUUUUUUAAUAAAUAAUAAUAAUAAC